AAGAUUUGUCACAAAACCUACUGAUUGAUGAAAUUAUGAGAGUAGGAUAAUGGGAAUCCUUGAUCUGUUCAUUUUCAAAGGAGGAAAAGUUGAAGCCAAAGAUCUACAAAAAGUACUGGGAAGCAUGGGGAUAGAACUCACAAGUAGGGAACUCUGGGAGCUGCUGAAAUUGUUGCCGAUUACCAGUGAUGGAAAAGUGGAGAAAAAUGUAUUUCUUGACUGUAUAAAAUCUUUUCCUGGUGGGAAGUAUAAUGUGUCUAAAAUGGAAAACAUCCUGGAAAAUAUCGGUUAUGAGCUGGAGGAUGAGGAGAUUGAGGACCUGCGGAACCACCUGUCAGAUGAUGAUGGCAGGAAGGUUAAGAUGAAUGCCCUCAUGAAAAAUCUAAAGCCAUUUACAGGAAAUAAGGUUAGUGCUAAUGAAGUAAGAGGUGUUUUGGAAAACAUGGGGAUAGAACUCACACUGAAGGAAUGCUGGGAGCUGCUGAAAACUCUGCCAAUUACUUCUGAUGGAAAGGUAUAUCAAAAUCGGUUGAUAGAUAGUUUAAAGAAUUUCCGAGGAGGGAAGGCUUUUGAAAAUAAACUAGAAACAGUUCUGGAAAACUUGAACUUUGAUCUUGAAAAAGAAGAAAUGAAAGAUCUGCGGAGGCGUUUGAAAAUUGACGAUACUGGAAACAUUCCACUCAAUUCCUUGAUGAAUAAAACAAGUAUUUUUUCUGGUGGAAAGAUUAAUGCCAAUGAUAUACAACUUCAUCUGAGAAAUUUAGGUAUAGAACUUACAAAUAAAGAAAGCAAGGAGCUACAGGAUUUGCUGCCGUUUGAUGAUAAUAAAAGGGUGUAUAAGAAUAGGUUGAUGGAGGGGGUGAAGACUUACAGAGGAGGAAAGAUUAAUCUCGAUAAAAUAAAUGAUGCUGUUGAAAAUAUGGGACUCCCACUUGAAGAGUAA